CUGCCUGACUGGAUCCUUCGCGUAAUGGGCGUGGUCAGGGGAGGACCGUGACGAGAUGCGGAAGAGGAACAGAGAGGGAGGAAGGUCCAGGUUUAGGAGCAGGGAGCUUCCUGGUUGGUAAAGUCAGGCAAUGACUUCUGGGUAACCUGGGGGUGAGUCCUUGCUGCCCCUUGUCUGGCCGCGGAUACUGUUGCUGUGAGCACCUGAGUUGGUAUAUGUAACUAUAAUGCAUCAUGUGCACGAGGUGUAUGCUGGGAGAGCAGCAGCUGCAGAUGAGCUGAAGGCUGCUACUGGGACAAUGCAGUGCAGAAAGAAUGUGCCAAAUACAAGUCAUUUUAGAACCAUUGCUCCAAAAAUUGCACCUAAGGUAGUAAAUUCAUGUCCGCCAUCUUCAUAUGGACCAUCUCUUCCUGAUAUAGCCGUAUCGGGUAUUAGCACAAAGCCUGUAGUAAUGCCCACGCAAAAUUAUACUAUAAUGAAAGUAGCCGGCCAGGACGGAACGUAUUCUCUUGUCGCAUUACCACAGGUUACCCAGCCAAUGGGUGCACAAGUAAUGCAAGCCUCAAAUAUUCCGUUGCAAGAGAAUCUCAAACUGCCAAUUCCAAGGUACCAGUCUUCUCGAAACAAGACGCUGCUUGAUAAAAAGGCAAAGGGGACCUCAUUGAUUAGAACUGCAGAAAAGAAAAACACACAAUUAGAGCACAGUGGUCAUUCCGAAAUCAUUUCCAAGUUGUCUGUAGAGGAGAAUAUUCAGGAUGUCAGCAGCAUCUUGACCCCUGGAAAUUCACUAAUGAAUCAAGCUGAUACUAUUAAAAUACAUAAUUCAAGUCCAUAUACUGAGAAAUGUUUGUCAAAAACAUUUUGCGCCAGUAGCCCUAUGAAAGCCGAAGAGAUUACUAGUUUGGUUGAGAAUGUGUCUUUGCUGAGAUACGAAAGCAAAAAAGUAGCUAAUUCUACUAACUCUGUGACUGUUCUCUCACAAGUGAUGUUUGGAAGUCCUGUUCGCGUUCUCCCUUCUGUACCGAAAGGAAAACUGCCUAUUUUGCCAUAUUCCAAAAUAAAAAAGGCAAUUAUUUCCAAGAGCAGCCAGUUUCCUAUAGAAAAAUCUAUAGCAGUGGAAGAUUAUAAUUUCAGUAACAAGUCACCAAUUCAUGAAACUUUUUUAAGUGACAUUUCAACUCACCAUUCGUCAGUGGUGGACUCUUCCGCUCCAGCCAGUCUAUGCCUUUCAUGUACAGAACCUGAAGCCGACCCUUUGAAAAAAACAAAUGGUGCAGCAGGAAAGAAACGAGGAAGAAAGAGGAAAGCCUCUAGUGAAAUGAUAGGCUAUCAGAAGAUGAAACUCUUUGGAAGCAAAUUUGUUUCUUGUAGGGAGAAGCUAAAGAUGGAAGCUGUUGAAGCAGAGGACAAAAAGGAUAUAUCGGUAAAGAAAUACCGAAAUAUAAUGCCAAAGCCUGUGAUAGUAGGACAGAGCUUAGCUACACUCGGUUCUUCUGCAGCUGGGUUCCAAUCUUUGACAACAGACAGUGGUAUUAAAAAUAAAGGGCAUCAGAAAAAGCAGAACAGGGGGAAGCCAGGAGAUGGUGUAGUUCUGAAACAAGUUGGUGAUCUUAAAAGCCUGUCUUCAGGAGCAAGGGCAUGCUAUAAAUGCCACAUAUGUGAACACAGUUUUCAGUUCAAGCAUCACUUGCAAGACCACCUGAACACUCACACCCACAGAAAGCCUUACCAUUGUCGGCUGUGCCGCAAGGCCUAUGUGCACUCAGGGAGCCUAAGCACUCACAUGAAGCUUCAUCAUGGCGAGAGUCGUCUCAAGAAGCUGAUGUGUUGCGAAUUCUGUGGCAAGGUGUUUGGACACAUAAGGGUUUAUUUUGGGCAUCUCAAAGAAGUGCAUAGGGUUAUUAUCAGCACCGAAACGUCUGCUAAGCAGCUGGAGACAAAAGAUCUCGAUGCCAAGGGGAACCAAGAAGCAUCCCUAAUAAAUAGAGAGAGCUGCUUCCCCAGUGAAGAACACUCCGUAAAUGGACAGGUGGGAGAAAUCAAGUUACAGAUCAAAUGUGGCCGCUGCCAUGUCUUUAUGCCCACGUUCUCCAACAUGAAAGAGCAUUUGUUAUUUGAACAUGGGGAAAAAUUUGAAGAUAGAUCCCAGGAAAGGAUUUUAGACAGUCGCCAAGGUGCCCAGGAGGAGGUUGUUAAAAUUGCCACACACUACUGGAAGUUACUAAAUGAAAGGCGAAACGUUGUGCAGUGUAGUGGUUGCGGCAAAGAGUUCUUGGGACCAAGUAAACUAAGAAAGCACACGUGUUUUCCUCUUGUAAAUCAAACAGAACUUUUGGAACACAAUUCAUCAAGCCCUAAAUGGAAUAAAGAAGACUAUAGUAAAGAAGAUUUUUGUUGUAGUGCAUCUGGCGUUGAGUUGCAGCUUUGGCGUGGCAAUCACUUGAACUGCAUAUUGUGCAAGCAAGUUUUUGGCAGCAAAGAGGAACUGCUAGAUCAUUGGCAGCAAGUGCACAACUGUGAGGACCCCUUGUUGCUUUGGGCUGCCUUUACUUCAUUGCCUAAAAAAGUUUAAAGAGUUCCCAAAUCAGAAUGCAGUGUUUUGAAUCGCUGUGCAGCCUGUGUUUGUGGUUAAAAAAGAGCGAUGAUCUCAAUUCUGCUGCAUGAUUAUUCUCGUUCACAGUGAAAUGAUUGUCUACUACAGAUUUUUUAUAUAUAUAUAUAUAUAUAUAUAUAUAUAUAUAUAUAUAUAUAAUGUUUCAUCGCUACCUGUGAUAUUUCUGUGAAAUGUCCCAGUUUUGUUUAGGGUUUUUAUACAAAGGCUCAUCUGUUAUCAAGAUAAAAGUCUGUUAAAGGGA